AUGAGACUAGCACAUGUAGAAGCUCGCUUAGAGCAGCAACUCACGCUCAACACCCUGAUUACCAGUUCGUACGACGACUUAACCAAGGUGAGUUUACAUAACUUGAAUUAUCAGAGAAUACAGGCCCGACUUACGGCACUUAAAGAUGAUUGGGAAAAAUUCUUUAUAAUUCACGAAGCCAUUGGAAUAGCCUUGAGGGAAUUGAAUCACGAGGAUCGGUUGUACAUACAAAAUCAUUCUUAUUUUUCGGAAAACUUCUUUGUUACUACACGGGAGCUUUAUUUAGAGUCAACCGAACGCAUGAGCUUAUUACUCGAUUCUGACCAUGGAGCCAUGUCGGGAACGUCCUCGGGUCAUCUAGAUGUACCUAUUCCGCCCGGGCCUUCUUAUCAUCAUCACGCGAGGUUACCUCGGAUAGACAUUCCAAAAUUUAGUGGCAAUCCGGAAGAUUGGCUAUCUUUCAAGGAUCUGUUUACUUCUCUGGUGAUCGCCAAUGGUUCUCUUUCCUCGGUUGAAAAACUUCAAUAUCUGAAGACGAGUUUAGUCGGUACGGCCGCUCAGUUAUUAAGGAAUAUGUCAGUCACUGGGGAAAACUUUCAACGAGCAUGGGACGCCCUUAUUGCCUUUUAUGAAAAUAAAAGAAUGCUGUUAAACACAACGUUGAACUCCCUACUUAGCCUGAAACGUAUGACCAAGGAGUCAGCUGGGGAAUUGGAGCGUCUGUAUACAUGUAUGAUGCAGAUCUAUAGAUCCUUAGAGAAUCUACAACGACCAGUCAGUCAUUGGAAUGACUUUCUGAUAUUUAUUGCCGUCCAGCGCUUGGAUUCGGAAACGGUGAAAACAUGGGAGCAACUUCUGGGCUCAACUAAGGAUCCACCUAAGUGGCAUCAAUUCACUGAGUUUUUACUCUCCAGACUUCGGUCACUUCAAGCUUUUGAGAAAGCUACUUUCGGCAAACUUUCUACCCAACCGCAGAAGAUAUCCGUCAAGACUCAUUACCAAGGAACGUCUAGAAAGGAGGAUCCGAACACCGAAAAGACAUGCCCGCUUUGUUCAGAUAAUCGUCAUCCCUCGCUAUGUACCGUAUACAAUACCAAAUCAGUUCCACAAAGGAGAUUACUUAUUUAUAAACAUAAAUUAUGUUUUAAUUGUUUAGGACGUCAUAGGGUGGCGGCUUGUCAAGUCUCUAAACGGUGUCGAAAGUGUGGUCAGAAACAUCACACCACGAUACACUCUGUCUCCUCUCACCAAGACAAGAAUAAGGAAAAUAGCAAAGAUACAACCAACUCUGAAGAAAAGUCAAAUGCAAUUUCACAAGAACGAAAGGUUAUGCAUUCAAUCCUCCUACCAUCCAUAAAGGUUCAACGAGUGUUAUUGGCCACUGCGCAGGUUCAGGUUACAGCACCUAAUGGUAACAUGACAGAAGUGAGAGCUUUAAUUGAUCAGGGCUCUGAGAUCUCUUUGAUAUCGGAAAGAACGGUUCAACGACUGAAGAUGACUCGGAAGCAUUCAUCAGUAUCUCUAAUCGGUAUUGGAGGUAAAACUCCUAAUAGUCCACGAGGCAUGGUCAACUUUAAACUGAGUCCACAUUUCCAGUCCGAAUUCCAGUGUACGGUAACAGCUCACAUACUAGCCAAUCUCACUUCUGAGAUUCCGUCGGCCCAACUGGAUCCGACGACUUGGCCACAUUUGACGGAUUUAAAAUUGGCGGACGUUCAGUAUAUGCAACCAGGAGCAAUAGAUCUCAUCUUAGGUGCUGAUGUAUAUGGAUAUAUCAUCGCGGAUGGAUUGGUUAAAGGACCACCAGAUUCUCCAAUAGCCCAAUCCACCAAACUUGGAUGGGUUAUCUCCGGACCCACAGAAGAGAUUCCGACCUUAAAGGAUCAUUCGGUGACUCCAGAUGAACAAAGGUGUGAAGAACAUUUCCAACUUACCCAUACGAGGGAUCCACAAGGCCGAUAUGUGGUGUGGUUGCCUUUUAAGCAAUCCACUGAUCAAUUAGGAAGUUCCAAGGCGAAAGCCAUUCGUAUAAUACACCAGUUAAAUAGACGUUUCGAAUCAGAUCCAUGUUACGCAAAAUUGUAUUCAGACUUUGUAGUUGAAUACGCAGCACUUCAACACAUGACACUCAUUCCAGACUCUCAAUCAGACUCAACGUCUAGUUAUUACCUUCCACACCAUGGAAUAAUAAAGGAAAACAGCAGCACUACCAAAUUACGAGUGGUUUUUAACGGAUCCAGCAAAACCACAACAGGAGUAUCUCUAAACGACUUACUACAUGUCGGUCCUAAAUUGCAAACCGACAUAUUCGAUGUCCUAAUUUGGUAUCGACAGUUCCGAUAUGUUUUCUCGGCUGAUGUUGAAAAAAUGUACCGGCAGAUCAAAGUUCACCCAGAAGACUGGAAAUAUCAACAAAUCUCGUGGAUAGACCACGAAGGACGUUUGUUAACCUAUCAACUCACUACAGUAACGUAUGGAUUAGCUUGUGCUCCCUUCCAAGCUCUUCGCGUUAUGCAGCAGCUCAUAAAGGAUGAAGGGGCUAGGUUACCCUUAGCGGUGCCAGUAUUAUCACAGGGACGAUAUGUAGAUGAUUUAUUCGGAGGAGAUUCUAUCAUUCAAGCGCAAGAUACUCUGAAACAGGUAAAUCAGCUCUGCAUGGCGGGCGGGUUUAAAUUGAGAAAAUGGAUCAGUAAUGAUCCCACUGUGUUGAAAUCCGUUCCUGAGAAGGAUAGAAUGAUUGGAUCUUCCGUAUCAAUUGAGGAGAAGUCAGUGGUGCUUUCCCUUGGACUGCAUUGGCAUCUAGACAAUGACACCUUUCAAUUUACCUUCCAUCAUAAACAUACCGAAACUAUUACCAAACGAUCUAUAUUAGCUACCAUUGCUCGAUUAUUCGAUCCGCUUGGUUUGCUCUCUCCCCUUAUGAUAAGAGCGAAGAUGCUCAUGCAAGAGGUUUGGUCCUUACAGUUGGGGUGGGAUGAUCCUGUUCCUUCUGCAAUAACUUGCAAAUGGAUGUCAUUUGUCAGCGAUCUUCAGAACUUAGCUACUAUUAGUUUCCCCAGAUGGAUAGGUUUAAGUUCCGAUAGAAUACUUGAGAUACAUGGGUUUUCUGACGCAUCACCAUACGCCUUCGCGGCAGUUGUUUACACUCGUUUGACUUCUAAUGACGGUAGUAUUCAUACAAAAUUAAUAUGUUCUAAGACUAAAGUGGCUCCGUUGAAACGGAUGACCAUACCGCGUUUGGAGCUCGCAGGAGCAGUCCUCCUAACCAAGCUAGUAAACCAUAUAAUUAAGGUUUUAAAUCGGAAUUAUAUUCCUGUUUAUCUAUGGACAGAUUCGACUGUCUCGCUUACGUGGAUUAGUAAUCACCCUUCACGCUGGAAGGACUUCGUCCAUAAUAGAGUUUGUUAUAUUCAGGAAACGGUACCGCAAGCUCAAUGGAACUUUGUAGCAGGACGGGAGAAUCCUGCCGACUUAGCAACUAGAGGACUUUCGAUUGAUCAACUUGUAGAAAAGAAAUGUUGGAUCACUGUCAUUUGUAGACGAGUUAUCGAUAAGUUACGUAAGGUGCCUAAUUCUUCUCUGCUGCAUCCUAUCACUACCAUUGAACUACAAUCUGCGAAACAUUUUUGGAUUAAGGCCGUGCAACAUACCGCAUUCCCUAGAGAACUUAAAUCAAUUUCCGAAGGAAAACACUUUCAACCCUCUCAUCCAUUUUCACGUCUAACACCCUUCAUGGAUGCUAACGACAUUUUACGAGUAGGGGGUCGUUUACGAGAAUCUUCCUUAAGUAUGGAAGCCAAACAUCCGGCAAUCCUGCCGAAGUGCUCACCGUUUACCACCCUAAUCAUUGCAGAUGUUCAUAGACGAACAUUGCACGGAGGGACUCAGAUCAUGUUGUCCACAUUACGAGAGGAAUUUUGGGUAAUAGGAGGUCGCGUUCCAAUUAAAAGUUUUAUACUCAAGUGUGUUCAAUGCACUCGUUUUCGUCAUAAAAGGGCGCAGCAGUUGAUGGGCCAACUUCCCAAGGAACGAGUUUCGCAAACUCGUCCAUUCCUCAACACAGGUGUUGAUUAUGCUGGACCGCUCUCCAUUAAGACCUGGAGAGGAAGAAACGCUCGAACAUAUAAAGCCUAUGUCGCCUUAUUUCUUAUAAGAGAUUCACAGGGCGGAGAGGUAUCUGCACAACUCUUUGGAGUGACUGUGGCACUAACUUCAAGGGCGCAGAUGUUACCUUGCAAAAGCUAUUCUCUGAAGCCACAUCCGAAUCUCAGCACCUCGCUUCUUUAUUGGCAAAUAACGGCACACAGUGGAAGUUUAUUCCUCCAUCCGCUCCACACUUCGGUGGUAAAUGGGAGGCAGGUGUCAAAUCUAUGA